AUGGCACGAGCUACUCAGCCAGGUGUUCGGUUUAUCUGCUCGGACAUCAUGGAAAUCGAGUGGCUCGGCCAGGCGUUUGCUUCAACUGCUCGGUCCACGGGGCGAGUGAGCUGCUCGGCUAGGCGUGAAGAUGUGUUUUUGCUGCUCGGCCAGCCAGCUAUUUUGAGCAUGUUAUGCAACAGUUUUUUGAGGUCAAUAUAUCUUUGGACGGGAUAUACUGGGCGGUAUACCAACGUCAGAUAUUUUAGCUAUAUAAGUAGAGAUUUGAAUGCCACUCGAAGCCUGAAUUCUUUGUGGGGUUGUAAGCUCGGACAAACAAGAAAGAUGAUGGUGGAUUCUGAUGCUUCUGCUGAAGGAUCUAUGUUUGAUAUUUUACCUGAGAAGCAUGAUUAUGGUGGCUAUGCUAGUGGCGGAUGGAAGAGCAAGGAUGGAACAUUAAGUUGUGGAUAUUCCAGUUUCAGAGGAAAGAGGGCUAGCAUGGAGGACUUUUAUGACAUCAAGUCUUCCAAGGUAGAUGGCCAGUCAGUCUGCCUCUUCGGCAUAUUUGAUGGUCAUGGUGGUGCUCGUGCUGCCGAAUUUUUGAAGGAACAUCUCUUUGAGAAUCUCCUGAAACACCCAGAAUUUAUUGCAAAUACAAAAUUGGCUAUAAGUGAAACAUAUCAGCAAACGGACAGGGACUUUUUGGAUUCUGAAAAGGAAACCUUUAGAGAUGAUGGAUCAACAGCUUCAACAGCAGUUCUUGUUGGGAAUCACCUUUAUGUUGCAAAUGUUGGUGAUUCUCGAACUAUAAUAUCAAAGGCCGGGAAAGCAAUUCCACUAUCAGAAGAUCACAAACCAAAUCGAAGUGAUGAGAGAAAGAGAAUUGAAAGUGCUGGAGGUGUUGUCAUGUGGGCAGGUACUUGGAGGGUUGGGGGUGUCUUGGCCAUGUCUCGUGCUUUUGGCAAUCGCAUGCUUAAACAGUUCGUUGUGGCUGAACCUGAGAUUCAGGACCUGGAGGUUGACCAGAACCUUGAAUUGCUUGUGCUUGCAAGUGAUGGACUUUGGGAUGUUGUUCCUAAUGAGGAUGCUGUUUCAAUAGCACAAACAGAGGACGACCCAGAAUGUGGCGCACGGAAACUGACUGAGACGGCUUUCACUCGUGGCAGUGCCGACAAUAUCACGUGCAUUGUUGUCAAGUUUCACCAUGCCAAAGUGGGUCCUGUAGAAACUCGUCUAAAUCUUGAGCCCAAUCCCGAACCAGACAAAACUAAUGAAAACACCAACCAAAACUUCAACAUUCCCGAGGAAGCCCAUGAGUCCUUAAAAGUUGAGCCCGAGGAAGCCCUUCAGAAUUUGAAAGCAGACACUGGAGAAACCGUCAAGGGUUGA